AUGGCUGUGUUGAGAUUGCUAGUGUUAUGUCUUCUCUUAGUCACUGCGAGCACUGCCUACAGAGAUGAGGAUUUUGAGGAGUUUGAUGAAGAUGAGGCAGAGUUUGAUUUUGAGGUGUCUGAAGAGUUAGAUGAUGAUGAAGGUGAAGAGCUGGAUACUGACUAUGAGGAGGAGGGAGAGGAAGAGUUGCCUGAAGAAGAUGAGGACAUUGAUGGAGAAGAGUUUGAGGGAGCAGCACCAUCACAAUCCAGGCAGUCCCCUGAUGAUCUCACACUAUCAGAGUCUACAGGCAAGAUGAAGCCUUUCUGGCAGGCCUACAUUGUGGAGCUGGUGGUAGUACUUUGCAUGGGCCUCUAUCUACUCAACUAUUUCAUUGGACGGGCCAGAAACAGUUCACUGGCCUACUCAUGGUUGUCAGCACACAGGGAAUUGUUGGAUACAAACUUUACAUUGGUUGGGGACAGUGGUGAAGGGGACGACCCUACUGAAGGAGAGCUUGUUAAGCUAGCCGAUGAUGAGUAUGUACUAUGGACCUCUGGCCGAGCACACUGCAUAGGAAUGCUCACACAUAUGAAGCUGAGCCCAAGACAAGACCUCUUCUCUAUAUUCUCUGCAUUCCUACAGCCAAACACGGACAGUACGACAGUAAUAUUCCAGCUGGAUGAAAAUGAUAUGGACACUUUAAUAUUUGCUUGUGGUCAGAAAAGAGCUCUAACAAAGCUAGUCAAAGAGUAUGAGGAUCUGAGUCGCUACUCACCAUCCAUCAAACCCAUGGCACGUGCUGAUGGAUUGUUCCAAGCUACAGAGUCUGGAGAGGUGGCUGCUAGUGUGCUCAGUGAUAGAAUCAUGACCUUCUUAUCAAAGCACUCGCACGAUAUCCUCAGCAUCCACAUCACUGACCAGUACACUGGCAUAACACAGGACAGUGAGGACUCUGACACAGUGGUUGUUAAGAAGCCUGAAAAGAGAGUUAUUGUUACAUUUGCAGGUUGUUCUAUGGACAAUGUUCUGAUGAAGUUUUCCCUUCAGUUGCUGGAGCAUAUCGCAUCUAUCAAGCUCAGCAAAGAGGGUCGUAGCAAGGCUAAUAGGAACAGGUCUAAAGUGAGUGCUAGUCUGGAGAAGUUAGCCCACUCCCAGCGACAAGAGGCAGCCCAACAUAGACGUGAGGACAAAGCUAAAGCUGCCAAAGAGAAGAUGCUAGCAGAGACUGAUCCUGACAAACAGAGGAAAAUGGAGGAACGUGAGAAUAAGAAAGCACGCAAGAGAAACCAACCCAAAGUCAAGGGAAUGAGAGUGGCAAUGAAGUGAACACAUCAAUAGAAUUUAUUAGGAAACAAUCUAUAGACCGUUAUAAUUAUUGUGUGCAAGUAUAAAGAUAUAAUAAAGUGUUCAUAUUAUUUUGUUCAUAA